AUGGGCAGGCUCGACGGGGCUCCGCGCGCCUUCCGUCUCCCUCCUCUGGACCUCGCGUUGAACCCCGUGGUCGCGUUCUUUGCGUUUGGGAUCAUUUGGGCUUUCAUAGUGGCGUGUAUCGCGGUUCCUGUUGAGUUUUCGGGACAGAUAUGGUGGUGGAAGCGUCAGAUUCUGUCGACUUUCCUAUGGCUCUAUUACCUCUGCGAGAACGUAUGGGUCAUUUUCAUUAUAUGGCUGUGCUACUCGCGGUGGGGCACUUUCACACUCGGGGAGAGCCAGAGGGACACAAGACCUGAGUACUCGGACAUCUCCUGGUUCCUGAUGAUGUUCUCCACGGGUAUGGGAAUAGCUCUUUUCAUGUUCGGAGCUUCAGAGCCGAUCUACCACUUAGAACAGUCCGUGAGAUAUACCGCCAUGGGCCAGUCUUUCAUGUCGUACAACCUUGCAUCGAAAGAAGCUCUGAUGCUAUCCUACUUCCAUUUCGGCAUUCAUGCUUGGGUCCCUUUUGCACUCGAUUACAUCUACGGGUGGUUGGGAGAUUUCAUUGACAUCCUUUCCGCUCUUGUCUCCUUUGUCGGAGUCAGCACUUUGGUUGGCUUUGCGGCCAUUCAGAAAAUUCCGUACAUCGGAAUUGAUGGAAAGGAGAUUCAGAAUUACAAGACCCUGAUGGUCAUUAUCUGGGCCCCUUGCUUCCUCGCUGUCUUGUCACUGUCUGGGGUCAUCGGAGGGUCGAGGUGA